AUGAUGGCAGUCGAAUAGGUCGAACAAUAACGCACUAAAUUUCAUUUGAAAUGUAUGAAAAUGUAUGACAAUUUAUGAAUUUACGAAUUGAAAGAUAGAUUUAGAUUGUUGGUGGUGUCUAAGGAACUGGAAAAUGGUAGGAAAAAGUAAAAAGUGGACUUUGAUUUGAGUUGGAAAGACUGAAUGUUAUGAAUGCAUCAUGAAUGCUAGAUCGCAGACAUUUGAAGUGGCGGUAGAAGGUCGUCAGAUUGAGGAGGUUGUACUCAGUAUACUUCAUACACUGCUCUUUCAUAGGACAACUGGCAAGUUUCAUUACAAGCAGGAGGGUACGUAUGCCAUAGGCACUGUGGGUAUGGUGGAUGUAGACUGUGAUUAUGUGGACUUCACCUACGUACGCUGCCACUCUGCUGAGCUAGACCGUAUGCUACACAGGGAGGUGACUGCGUUUAGAUCAUCGCUACGGUCAAACGAGGGCUCACUCAGCAAUGGACAGAUUUCACUAGAGUUUUACCAGAAGAAGAAGAAUCGCUGGCCGUUCCCUGAUGAGAGUAUACCGUGGGAAGUCUGGACCAUCAAGAUUAAUGUUGUGGUGCUGUCAAACGAGCAUGAGAGGCAGCUGUACCGAGAGAAGCUUGGAGAGAUUCUUGGUGAGAAGGUGAUCUGUAUUGCAGAGGCAAUGGGUAGACAUGACUACCUCCCCAAGGCACCCAACCAGCCGCAACUAGACACUGUCUUUGAUAUCAGCCUUCCUGACGUACAACCCUACCUCUUUAAGAUAAGUCAUCAGACCUCAGGUCCAGCCAACACGUCAGUAGGAACAACUAUGAGGAAACUACUACGAGACACACUGGCUUUAUGAUGGCCUGACCAUUCAUCUAGUACAAUGAACCCAAAGUUUGUACUUUCUACUGCCUCAAUACAAAUAUUGAAAUCUUUGCUCGAGCUUCUACAUUUUUUUGUUCUUACACUAUAAUUCAGACCGUACAAUGUACUUCUUAGGUGUAACUA